AUGAACAAGACACCGAUUCUCGAAAUUGAACCGAGGGAACUCAAAUUCAUAUUUGAAUUGAAGAAACAGAGUUCUUGUUCGGUUCAGGUGACGAAUAAUACUUAUCACUAUGUUGCUUUUAAGGUUAAAACGACGUCGCCUAAGAAAUAUUCGGUGCGACCAAAUGUUGGAGUUCUCGCGCCAAAAUCUAGUGGUGAAUUCAUAGUUACAAUGCAAGCUCAACGGGUAGCUCCUGAAGAUUUGGUCUGCAAGGACAAGUUCUUAGUUCAAAGCACAUUGGUUGAUGCGGAAAUAACCAGCGAAGAUGUUACUGCCAGUUUGUUUGUCAAAGACGGAGUGAGAUAUGUAGAAGAAAAUAAGCUGAAGGUGUCUCUGAUCAGCCCACCUGAUUCACCAGAACUAAGUCCUGUUAAUGGAGACUCCAGGAAUGGGUUUGAUCACAGGAAAUUUCAGAUACAUAGUAAAGAUGAAAUUGAAAUCCAGUCCCCUGAACCCAUGGUUCUUAAAAAACCAGAUUAUAAUAAGGUUCACGAGGUAGAGCUUGAAGAGGAUGUGGAGUUGAGGGUGGAAUAUGAUAUGGGGUUGGAUGCUAUAAAGAAUGUAGAGGAGCCAGGAGAAGAAGCAGGGUUGAAAGUGUCAAGAGAUGAAGAGUUGAGCCCAGCAAAGGAUGUGGAGGAAUUGAAGCCACAAAUAAAAAUAGAGGUAGAAGUGCCCAAAGAUCUGGAUUCAAUCACAGUAAAGAAUGCAGAGGAACUGAAACCUGGAAAAGAAGCAGAGAUGAAGGAGUCAAAAGAUCUGGGUUCAAUCAGAAUAAAGAAUGCAGAAGAACUGAAACCAGGAAAAGAAGCAGAGUUGAUGGUGUCAAAAGAUCAUUUGACCACAGUAAACAAUGCAGAGGCACUGAAGCCAAAAAAUGAAAGAGAGUUAAUAGUGUCAACAGAUAGGGUGAUUAAGACUGUAAAGAAUGUUGGGGAACUAAAGCCAGAAAAAGAAGCAGAGGUAAGAGUUUCAAAAGGUAUAGAGGAGUUGAAACUGCUUGAAGCAAUUGAAGAGAUGAAGUUAAAACUAGACAGACUUGAGUCAAAGCUAAAUGAGUCUGGAGCAACAAUAUCAAAGUUAACAGAGGAGAGGCAAUUAAGCAAUGAAGAGUCAAAGAUCUUGCAAGAAAAACUAGCAGAACUCAUUAAUAAAGGUCCAAGAAAAGUUCAAAUCGGGUUCCCACUUCUAUAUGUCUGUAUGGUGGCACUUAUCUGCGUCUUCUUGGGAUACCGUUUACACUCUUGA